UUUUUUUUUUGGGAACCAGAACAUUAAGUUGUUAAUGUCUCUUAUAAUUGUGUUUCUUUAGAUUAUUAUGUUGUUUUGCUUUUGUUGAACCGUCAAAGUCAAGCAUACAUAGAUGAUCAAUGCAACUACUCUCCUCUUUGAUUAUUUUGCUUUCUCUCUCUCUCUCUCUCUCUUUUAGAGACCUGUAUUAAUUCAAUGGCUAGCCUGUGGUCAAGGAACACUGAGGUUAAAAAUGAGUCUAACGAAACUAUGGUGGUGAAAGUGACCCGGGAUCCUGGCAAUUUUAAAGUCAAAGAAUUUAUAAUCCCAGCUGGUGAUUACAUAUAUAUGUGCUACAACGAUUUCGGCAUUGAACAUAAUCCAGAUCGUCCUGUCAAUGUUAGAGUUUAUGUGGGAGAUGAACAAAAGUUAUAUGUAAGAGCAUCCAGAAUAAGGGACAGUGGGAAAAUUGUAUUGGGCUACGAGAAUGGCAUGGUCACCUCCACUUUUAUUGACAUAUAUAUGGUUGCCAGGAUCGGAUUAAUUAUCAAGAUGAAAGGUGCAACAAAGAAGAUUAAAAAGUUGUUGGGGAAAUAGUUAAAAGGAUAACAGAUGGGAAAGGUUAGGAGGACAUUGGAGAAACUUUGAAUGUAUAUAUGUAUAUAUAAUUUGGUCAUAGAGCCCCCUUCUGUCCAGUCUGCCCUGUUAUAGAUAGAAUGGGUUGUGGACCUGUGUUGUACAGAUAUAGAAUGUUCAUUGAUUUCUAUAUUUAUUGCGAUUACUUGGAAGUCAUUUAAUUCACACUAGACAUAGAGGUGAUUUUAUUUAUACUUCCCCAACGCUUAAAUGAGUGUGGCAUCAAUAAGGAGGUAUUGUUGUAGUCUGUAAAAAAGCACAGAAGAACCUAAAUUCACCUUGGAUGUAGGCCACAAUACCAUGGCACCCGAAGGAAGUUGGGAGGAGUUUCUCUCUUGCUAUGUUCGCAUCCUUCAGUACCCAAACCAGCGCAUUACAAAGGUGUAGCAUGUGAACAAGAAGUCAUACGAUUUUUGUGUAUUAUGAGAUCGGAUGAUGCACUUUACACAGGUUGCAAGAUAAGUAAGAUGGGUGUGAGAAUGAACACUGUUGGACAAAAUAGAGCUAGCAAGUCAACAUUUCAAGGAGGAUUAGAGUGCCUGAUUAUGUGUUAAACUUAAA